AUCGGGGAGCCAUCAGUUCGCGCGAGAGCAGUGAUCUCGCGAUUUAACGACUUGUCCACAAGUCUCUACUAUCUACUGCAUGAUGAGAGUUGACUUGAUCUUGGAAGGUAGACGUCCAAGAUGAGUGCCAAUAAACAGCGAUUAAAUGAGUCUUUAAUCAACUAUGACCCGCCUGAAUGGGUUAGCAAGCUGGAUAAUCUACCCAAACAUCAUGUACAGCUUGUCCAUCCAGACACCCCUAUUCAUCGAUGGUAUGUCCCAGGCGUUCCUGAAGAUUUUGAGUUGUAUAUUAAACGCGACGAUAUGACAGGCUCACAGCUUUCAGGAAAUAAGGUACGGAAACUGGAGUUCUUGCUCGCUGAUGCCAUCUCAAAAGGAUGUUCAACGAUCAUUACUUGUGGUGGUAUUCAAUCAAACCACAGCAGAGCUACAACCAUCUCAGGUCAUCAACUUGGACUCAAAACUCAUCUUCUUCUCAAGAGUACAGAACUGGACCCAGAGAAGGCAACUUGCAAAGGGAAUGUCUUAUUGGAUCGUCUUGUAGGAACCCACAUUCAUCUGAUUCCUGGAGAUGCAGUUUAUAAUGAAGACAUCCAUCAAAGGAUGGAAAACUUCAAGAAGAAAAUUAGUGAAGAGAAAGGUGAGAAGGCAUAUUCCAUUCCAUGUGGAGGGACCAACUCAAUUGGACUCUUUGGCUACGUUCAAACAUUCCAAGAGCUCCUUAAACAGAAAGUCCCGGAUAAUUUCACAGACAUUGCUGUUGCAGUUGGUAGUGGAGGAACGAUUGGAGGACUAAGCAUGUCUAACUAUCUCAGCAACUCUCAUCUUAGAAUUCAUGGGAUGCUUGUUGGUGACACUGGGGAGUAUUUCCACUCUGAGAUAAACAAAGCCUUAGAUGGUUUGAACUGGAGUCAGAAACACCCUGGGGUACAGUCUCAAGAUAUGUGUGAGAUGUAUGAAGAGGCACAGGGGCGGGGUUAUGCACUCUCAUCACCAGAUGAAUUAGAGUUUAUUAGUGCUGUUGCCGAGGCAACAGGCAUCCUCCUCGAUCCUGUAUACACUGGGAAAGCAGCGUUUCACCUGAUCAAAAUGAUGAAAGAAAAACCAGAAUGCUUCAAGGGAAAGAAAGUUCUUUUCAUCCAUACAGGUGGAAUGUUUGCUUUGUUUGACGGACGGAUGGAUGACAUGGUCAGAAUGAAAGGUUCUCUCACAAACAGAAUCGAUGCAUGGAUUGACGUUGAUAAAGUUCCAGAAAUCAACUAAAACAAAUCGGUAUAUUAAGCCAAAGGCUCUAUAUUAAAAGAUAUAAAGAGAAAUAUAUACCUGAAAGGGAUUAUACUGAAGAAUUUGCUUUUAAAUAUGCAUCAUGUUUAGUAUUUUCAGAAAAUAUUUUAGAACAAAGGCUUUAGUUUUAGAAUAGGUUCUCUUACAAACAGAAAGGAUACAUAGAUUGACGUUGAUAAAGUUCCAGAUAAAGUUCUAGAAAUGCUGUUUGUAUGCCCAUGGCUCUUCACAUUAUAAUAUUAAAACAGAAAUAUAAAGGUGAAGGUACUGAAGAAGCUGCUUUUAAAUAUGCAUCAUUUCAGGGUGAUCCAAUUGGAUCCAAGUAAGAUUUUAUGUUUUCAGGUUUUCCUUUUGACAAGCAGAUUUUAUUCAUGCUUUUAUUGUAGUCAAGAAGUCAUGCAGACUUUAAAGAAAGACAUUUUUAUUGCCAAUUUAGUUUUGGUUGUCCAUAUCAGAAACAUAAAAUAUAAAUAAAUACAUAGUUUUCCCAAAGCGUUUCAUUUACAUGUACUGGUUUAUUUACACAUGCUACUUCCAUCAAACAAGUAUCUUAUUUCUACACAAAACUACUACAAGGUUUUGAAACUACUACAAAAUACUUCCAGAUAAAAAAUACACAUUUUUAGCCACCCUCACAUGCAGUAUACUUGUGGAGGUGUCAGGUAUAUCAAGAAAACAGAGGGUGAUAUUUAAGAUCGUUUGGGCAUGAUCUUAAGAGUUUCUUUUGAUUAAGUUGUAUCGGGUAAGAGUCGUUCCCGACAACAAGCUGAAAGUAGAAUCCAAGGAGAAUGUUUAAAUGAUGGCAUUAACACCUUUGUGUAACCUCUGGGGUUUAGAUUUCACAGAGCUUUUAGGAACAGUUUCCUCAGCUAGCUUUAGAGUAGAACACAAUUUCUUUGUAUGUGAAAAAAAAAAA